UAUAUUAAGUAGCACCCGAUUCUGUUUACAAGUUACCAGAACGCUUGUCUGCGCAAGCACUCAAUAAGCGCUGCGUCCGGCUCUAAGACAGACAAGCGACCCCUCAGUUGUUCAACCUAUAGCUAUAGAGAUACAUGACACGAGUUACGCCCCUUGAAACUACGUUAGAGUUAUAAAUAAAACAUAAACACUAAACGUGCUGAAACCUGACUGACAAUACACAUGUUUAAAUGACACAAAUAUCGGAUAAUUGCUAAGUGCGGUCAUUAAAAAUCACCUGCGCAUCAGAGGUCGGGGGUGACUACAGUGGGAUGACACACAAUAUUAUUUUUAGAUCCUUCUCUUCUUGUAUCUGACCGUCACAGCAUUUUUGCAUCUGGAGAAAAUAUUUACGUCAUCCCCUGCGAGACUUCGCGGGAACUUGGUAUUAUUAUUAUUUUUCAAAUUCAACAGACAGAGGUCUUGUUUUUUCCAAGCAUUGACAGUCUGACAUGAUGGAUUUGGAUGAUAUUUCGGACUGCGGGAGUUUGGAAGACGGCGGGCUUGACGAGGAAUUACUGACUGCAACGAUGGAAGCUCUCCAGACAGGAAAGCUCACGCCACUUCUGAAAACGGAGCUUAAAUGUAGAAUUCAAAAGAAGUGUUUUGAUGAGGGAAAAGAUUUAACUUUGGACGAUGAACCAAAAUUGGUUCAAAGUAAAGCCCCGUUACUGCCAUUUGAGAUAGAGAGAUUGGAAAGAAGAAAAGAACAGAAUCGCAGGGCCGCCAAGAAGUUCCGUCAAAAAAGGCGACAAGCAUCGGGAGAAUUAAAGAAGAUUGUCGUCGAAUUGGAGGAAAAGAACCGCCAGCUCAAAGAAGAAAUAAAGAGAUUGCUGACGGAAAUGGACAUGAUUCGAGCCGUACUGUCCAGUCAGCUGUGUUCGUCAGAUUCCGAGACCCACCCUGCAACAGGGUCAUCGAUUCACCCCCGGGAAUUUACCAAACACUGACACUAGUGUUCGCUAAUUGUUUGCAUAUUGUGUAUAAACUGUCAAUCUUUUCAUCUCAUAUAUACAUACAGACUACAAAGAUGGGUAAUUUUUUUUUAAUCAUUUUCAUAAAUAAUAAAUGAAGCAUUUCAUAUGAUGAACAUCGCUAAAAAAAAUGAUAACUGCAGAUUAUUUUCAUAUUGAUAUCAUAGAAGCAAGUUUAUACUGUUGUGAAAAAAAAAUCUGCAUGAACACGUAAAACAGUAUUCGGAUUAUUCAGGCUCUUAAUUGUUGCUUCAGUGGCAGGUGAAAUCACCAACAGUAUAUAUCACCUGGUCUUUUUUAUUUAAACCAAUGAAUAUAGGUGGCCUUACCUUAGCAGUUUCUCCUUUCAACGAGAAAUAUUCCGUAUUAGACCCUCAAAUUCAUCUCAGUCCUGAAAAAAGACAAAUACUGUCUCUAAGAGAAUAGCUUUUGAAAAACUUGAUCUCAAUUUUGUAUAUUGCAUAUCAUCAAAUGAUGUAAAAUGUGUAUUGUUUUGUUUAAUGAAGUAGAGUAGGAAAAAUAUUUCCAAAAAUAUCUAAAAAAAAAAUUGUUUAAAAAUUGUUGUUUUAAAAAAAGUAGUUAUUUAGUUAAGAAUUUAUUGUUAAAUAUUGUACAGAUUUAUCUUGGCAUGGAGAAAACAUUAUCACAUUGUCGAUAAGGUGGCUAUAGGUAAACAAUCUUACAUUGUUGUUUUUUUAUGUUAGUAUCUUGUAUAUUUUGGGUUGAUGACAGGCAGGACUGUUUUACAGAGUCUCUCACUUUUUUGGGCUCAAUGGCAUUCCUCGUUCUUUCGAAGUUUUAUUUGUACUGAGGAAUGGAGAUGUGUUCGUUGUCCGAUAAGGCAACAUAUCCAGUAUAUUUCAUGGCGGAGUUUGUAAUACUCCAUAUUGUUUCAGAUAACGCACAAUGUUCAUGUUUUAUGUGUUGCUUUGCGUACAGAAAAUGUACAUGUUUUGUUCUUAUUAUUUUUUUUGUAAAUAAAAUAUUCUUUACAAAUAACUACGUCCUUGUAGUCUGUGCACAACACACAUUAAUGUAAUUUUUCCCGUGCAUUAGACUCCAAGAAUAUCGUCGUGUUUAAUAUUAUUGUCAUAUUUAAACAUCUAUUACUGAUCACAUACACUGUUUUGGCUGCUUUCCAAAGUCGAUAGACUUUGACAUACGCCUCGCCGAUACUAGCUGAUCGACUGGGGUCACAUUAGAGGUCAUUCUAACACAGUCCAGACGAUUGUGACAUCAUACCGGGACAAGCAUUGAGCGCCUAAGUUUACUUUAAAUUCCGGGAUAACAUAUCCUGAGAGGUUGGUGUCAAGAUUCGUUCCCUUUCCUGGAUAAAAUUCACCUCCAGGAUCGAUAUUUGUGUACCUGAACCAAGCUUCUAAAACUGGAGUAACAAUAACUAACAGUGCUGCACGUUGAGGACCGGCUGUUCUGUUUUUCCAUGUUCCACAAGCCUCCGAGGACGCCCUAGCUGUGAGGUUUACACACUUCACUUGACGACAACUUCCCGGGCAGACGACCGGAUACUUACAGUGCAGACUAUCGUCUGGUCACGGAGACCUUUACGUACCAAUGUCAAACAGACAGAAGAUAACAUUCAAUUUUGCCAAAGAAUUGCCGACACAGCAUCUAAAAUGUCUUGCUUUUCCAUUCAUGGCGAAUUUUCAAAGGAGGAAGAGUUUACAAGGAUGUGUUACGUGAAUGAAAUUUGUUCUCCCGGAAAUAAGGAGAAAAUUUGAAUAUUCAUAUCUGGUGGAAGUUACAUGACCUAGGUAUUUUCGAAAAAUCAAUCAGUAAACUUCCCUAAUUCGAUCUGCAUCCCGAUUCCGACUUGUAUGUACUUUGUCGUGGAAAUUAUCAGCUGCACAUGUACAGCCACCCUGCUUUCUAUAUUUUACACGAAGUUAGUUAAGAUUUAUAUUUAACUUUGGCAAACUUACGACGAACGACAGAGGACAGAUACAGAAGAAGAGAAAGAUGACAGUCGAACGGGACUCUAAUGGUUUAAAGGAUGCAAAACUGAUAAAAAGAAAAACAACAAAACUAUGACAUUUACCUGUUAAAUUACCGGAGCCAGAAGUAGUGGUAGCCGUGAGGAUAAGAAAUUGAGCGUAACACGAUCACCUGUUCCCCUGAUGUGCCACCUUGUGUUAUAAUACUAUAAUAUCUUAAAACAGAUAGAUGUUUUCCAAAGUGUAACUAUUUUACAUUGGACAAAAGAGAUAAAAAAAUAUUGGUGAAAAAGAUCCUAUCUAAAAAAGGGGCGAAUCAUAAAAUGAAAAAUCGCGCUGAGGAUUUUUAAAGUGUUUUUUGUUGUUCAUGUCAUAAAUGCAAUUACAGAUGGUAAAUUUAUUUUUUUUUCUAUCAAAGAAGUGCUAUUCUAUGGAAUUCUAUAGAAUUGCCAUCUGCCGAGCAUCAACCAUGUUGGAUAACUCAGGUAUUUAAUUUCAGAAUAUCAUAAUGACCUUUGUCUUGUAAAUAUUCAGGUAAUAAACAAAAUUUUCACAUCUAAA